AUGACCACAAAACGUGAUUCACUAUCUUACCAAAUUUCCUAUUUACCCAACAGCCACGUGCCCAAGCUCGAAGAUUAUUAUUCCUUUAAGGAAAAACCCGAAGAAAUCGAGCAUAAAAUAUCGGCAUUCAAUAUUCCAAAUGUUACAAGAAAAGAACCGAAACUUUCUCAGUGGGACUAUUUGGACCAAGAGAAAGUUGAAGCUUUAUUGAAACUGAAAACUGUCAAGGAAAUUCACAGUUUUAUUGAUUCGACGUUGAAAAAUCACCCUAAAGGACGUCCAAAGGAUAUUUUUGUUCAAUUACUGGCCGACGUAAUCAACUUUAGUAAAUUUCAUAAAUACGAUACAGAAAAAACUGCAACAUUGUUGUCGCAGUUUUUUUUAACGCACAAAUAUUUUAUCAGUGGUCAAGAAGUAGGUGCCGAGAAGCUUUAUAUUUAUUUCAAGGAUUUAAUGAUGUGCCACAGCUUACCAUUUCCACCAAGUUAUAAAAAAGUGUUCCAGUUGAAAGAUGCAAAAAAUAUAUUAGAAUUUUUUUGCAAGAUUUAUCUAAGGAAUUUGCCCCUAUUGAAAUAUUUGUGCUUACCAAAUUUUGCUCUUUAUUUGAAUUAUGAAAUACCACCAGCACCAGUAUUGCCGUCUCUGAAGGAAAAAAAGGCUAGAGCAAUUAGAAAGGGUGGAAAAAAGACAAAGAAAUAA